UAUCUUUGAUUUUGCUCGUAGGAGUAAUUGUGUGAUCUUAAAAAGUCACGGUAUAGUCUGAAAAUGGGAAAUGUUAGGUCCAUUUCUGAAUCUGUGGCAAUUACUGUUGUCUCACAAAUAUGCAGUCAUGUGAAAUGGGUUGAUACACGAAUAUGUUGCGUAUGGGGUCAGAUACCCCAUGUUGUUUAUAAUAUAGUACGACUAAUGGAUGUGUGUGCAUCUCUUUUAAUACGUAAUAAAGUUAGGUAGGUAAGUAACAACCUAAGCUAUGAUCACCUUUUGCUGUUCUGUUUGUUGUGUCUUUUUUUUUUUUUUUUUUUAAGUUCAUUUAUUUUGAGGGAGAGAGAGCAUACGCGAGGGAGGGGCAGAGAGAGAGAGAGAAUCCCAGUCAGGCUCCCUCUUCUUGUCAGCACAGAGCCCAAUGGAGGGCUCGAUCUCAUGGACUGUGAGGUCACGACCUGGGCUGAAACCAAGAGUCGGGCCAUAACCGACCGACUGAGCCACCCAGCUGCCCCUGUUUGUUGCAUCUUUUAUGGGAAGCGAAGAUUAUCUAUUUCAGUUCUUGGUCCUCAUCCCUAAUCUUUUUCCAGUUUUGGAAAUGGCACAUCUGUGGUGCCUGAGUACUUUUGUGAAAUUACUCCUUUUACAAGGGAGAAAUUUAUAGUACUAGUGUGGCAUAAAAAGGGGGAACUUUCUUGUGUGACUAGAUUGAUCGAAAGAGUAGUUCGGGCAGUAAAGGCGAAAGAGCACUGGGGACAUGUUUUAAAUUGUAUUGACAGUGAAACUGUCAUUAAUGUUUUUGUGGUUUGUUACUCUGUACGGUGUGUUUCACUAAUGAGCAGUGAAGGCUUUAGGACUAAGGGCACAUUUGGUUUGGGUCUUUGAUGAUCCAUAACAAACCUUAAGUUUUACUUAGUUGGAACAAUCAUAUUAGGUGGCUGUUGGUCUUGUUGCUGUUUCAAGAACAGACGUACUCAGAUAAAGUCAUUUAAGAUUUCAAUCUUCAUGUUGCAACCGAGGACCUUUUGGAGGUGUUUGCUCUUUAGUAUGCAUUACUAGCCUUGUGACCUUGAAUACAUUUUAUGUUUCCUCUGAGUCUUAUUCCUUCUGUGGGUCUAAUGUGAGGAUAAUAAAUCCACCUGACAGUUGUUGUGAAUAUAUAUUUUGUUUAAAGUAAAAUCCAAACUCUCCGUCUUGGGCUACAAGAUUUCCGCCUAGUUCUUCAGCUCAUCUUGAACCCCCUUCUGUGUCUCACCAAAUAGUUAUACUCUGUCCUUUCUAUUCCCUAACAUUGCAGGCUGCUUCUGGCUUCCUCAUCUUACAUGGUAGUUCUGUUUGCCUAGCAUGUUCUUCCUGUGGUUGGUUCAUUCUCAGACCUUAACGCCAGGUUCACCGCAUCAGGGAAGUCUUUACUUUACAGCUCCUUCAGUAGUCCUGUCUAAUCAGGUCUUAUCAGUUUGUAUGUUUUCUCAUAACGUUUAUUUCAGUCUGUAACUAUUUUAUUUGUUUUGGUCUUUCUCCACAUGUAAGUCCCACAUGGGCCAGCCGUGGCCUGUGGUUCUUCUGUCUCUCCCUAACACAACCCGUGGGGACAUGGACAAAAAGUGAUUAUAGUUUUUACGUUGGUAUCUACACAUCAAAGGCAAGGAUGUGCUGUAGAUCAUAGAAAUCUGGUGUUUUUUUUUUUUUUUUUUUGUGUUGCUUAUUUAUCCCCAUCUGAGCUGAUCUUAGCUAAAUGAAUCACAGCACUAAUAAUGCCAAAGUUUUUAUAACUACGUGGCCCAAGUAGCCUCACACCAUGAGAACUGCUUUUUUUUUUUUUAAAGUAAGCUCUAUGCCCAACGUGGCAAGCAGCUCAGUAGCUGCUCCUAAGACUCACCAACCCCAAGAUCAAGAGUUGCAUGCUCUACCGACUGAGCCUGCCAGGGCAUCACACUUGGAGACUAUGUUUGGGGAGCGGUGGCUGUGCCGUUGUCCUUGGGAGCAGACUGUUGAGUAGUAGAGAAGAAAGAAGGAAGAAAAGACGGAAUAUCUCUGAAGGCCUGGGAGACAAACCGUUAUCCUGAAGACGUCACUAUGCCAUCCUGAAAUUUUCCCACAGUCGUGAAGAACUGACGAGUAGGAAAUUUCACCCUGUGCUCAAGCCGCCAAGUUAGCCUUGAUGGGUGCUGCCGCAGGACAUGAUGCUCCUGGGUCAGAGAUACAGGACUUCAUUACGCAGAAAAUGGCUCCAAAGGGUAUAUGAAGCUGGAAAAGUACAUAGAUGCAGCAUUGCAGCCUCUCCAGAUGUUUGAGGAUAAUAUUCCGGAGAGAAAUUGAUCCCCUCGGAUUAGGUAACUAGUCAUAAUGAAGAAAAUUAGUCUUAAAACCUUCCGAAAAUCUUUCAACUUGAAUAAAAGUAAAGAAGAAACGGAUUUCAUGGUAGUGCAGCAACCGUCACUGGCCAGUGAUUUCGGAAAAGAUGAGUCCUUGUUUGGUAGCUGCUACGGUAAAGACAUGGCCAGCUGCGAUCUCCACAGCGAAGAUGAAAAAGGUGGGAAGAGUCGAUCCAAGAGCGAAAGCCUGAUGGGUACGUUAAAACGACGGCUGUCUGCGAAACAGAAGCAGAAAGGCAAGGGCGGCGCGCCCUCCGGGAGCUCGGCUGACGAGGACACCUUCUCCUCCUCCUCGGCACCCCUGGUCUUCAAAGACGUGAGAGCCCAGAGGCCCAUCAGGUCCACUUCGCUCCGCAACCAUCACUACAGCCCUACGCCGUGGCCUCUGCGACCCACGAACUCGGAGGAGACGUGCAUCAAGAUGGAGGUGAGGGUCAAAGCCUUGGUUCACUCUUCCAGCCCGAGCCCAGCCCUGAACGGGGUUCGGAAGGAUUUUCACGACCUCCAGUCUGAGACUGCGUGCCAGGAGCAGAGUAGUUCACUCAAGAGUUCAGAGUCUCACAAUGGAGACUUGCAUCUUCACCUUGAUGAACAUGUGCCUGUAGUUAUCGGACUUAUGCCUCAGGACUACAUUCAGUAUACUGUGCCUUUAGACGAGGGGAUGUACCCUCUGGAAGGGUCGCGUAGCUAUUGUCUGGACAGCUCUUCUCCCAUGGAAGUCUCCGCGGUCCCUCCGCAGGUGGGAGGGAGCUCCUUCGCCGAAGACGAGAAUCAGGUAGACCAGGACCUAGUGGUGGCCCCAGAGAUCUUUGUGGAUCAGGCGGUGAACGGCUUGUUGAUUGGCACCACGGGAGUCAUGUUGCAGAGCCCGAGAGCGAGUCACGACGAUGCCCCCCCACUCUCACCGUUGCUACCUCCAAUGCAGACCAAUCAGAUCCAAAGGAACUUCGGUGGGCUCACCGGCACAGAUGCCCACGUGGCGGAAAGUAUGCGCUGUCAUUUGAAUUUUGAUCCUAACUCUGCCCCUGGGGUUGCAAGAGUUUACGACUCGGUGCAGAGUAGUGGUCCCAUGGUUGUGACGAGCCUUACAGAGGAGCUGAAAAAACUGGCGAAACAAGGAUGGUACUGGGGACCAAUCACACGCUGGGAGGCAGAAGGGAAGCUAGCAAAUGUGCCAGAUGGUUCUUUUCUCGUUCGGGAUAGUUCUGAUGACCGUUACCUUUUAAGCUUGAGCUUUCGCUCCCAUGGCAAAACACUUCACACGAGAAUUGAACACUCAAACGGUAGAUUUAGCUUUUAUGAACAACCGGAUGUGGAAGGACAUACGUCUAUAGUUGAUCUGAUCGAGCAUUCAAUCAGGGACUCUGAAAAUGGAGCUUUUUGUUAUUCAAGGUCUCGGUUGCCUGGAUCUGCAACUUACCCGGUCAGACUGACCAAUCCAGUGUCACGGUUCAUGCAGGUGCGUUCUUUGCAGUACCUGUGUCGUUUUGUUAUACGUCAGUAUACCAGAAUAGACUUAAUUCAGAAACUGCCUUUGCCAAACAAAAUGAAGGAUUACUUACAGGAGAAGCACUACUGAAAGAUUAUGAGAACCCCCGCAUCUUGCACUUUGGGAAUAAGAAAAAGAGAUUGAAAUACAGUUUACAAACUUUCAUUGCUAUCGAAAUCUUUUGCUGCCAUACUAUUUCAGUUUUAUGUGUAAAAGUAAUCAAUUUGUUUAGUUAGGGGUGGGGAAGUGUCAGCAAGGUGUCUUGGGUUUAUUUUGGUUCUUUAUAAAGGGAAGUCUCGAGGUUUUGGAAGUGUGAAUUAUCUUUCAUCAAUGUGCAGAAUAAUCACAAUGUGAAUUAUCAGAUUCUCCUUAACCACCCCCCACCAAGUCCUUUGCUGCUAUCCACUGUGAUUUUUAUGCAUUAAAAGCACAUUUCAUGUGUAUUCAACCCUAAGUAAAGUUGAAUGAAACUUACAGAAUGAGUAUUGUUAUGUCUCUUUAAAUGGCCCACUUUCAAAGAUAGUGUUGAAUAAACAUACCCGUGUGAUAAAACACAGAAUUUACACGUACACUGAAAAUGAUUUUUAAUCUCCUACUUUAGAAAGGUUUAUUUAGAAUUAUGAUUUGACAUAAUCUUGGGUAUUAGAAUGUAGACCCGCAGCAUAUCUUUUACAACACUUACUCUAAAUUGUUUCUGAGGUUGUGCUGUGUUUUGGUUGUGGAAAGUGGAGUUUUUCUGUUGCCUUCAUUUUCAUCUUGUGGUUUGUCUACUUUAAUAAAUGGCCUUACAUUAAAAAAUCAUCAAGAAGUAUAUAACACCAACGUAAGAAAGCGUUGCCUUUUCUGUCAUUAAGCUCUGGUACAAAUUGGCAUAACGUAAAAAGAUCUGUGGGACGAGAACUAUUACUGAAGAAAUUACUAGAUGAUCAUAGUUUCCUGUGAUGAUAAUUUUUUUGUGUGUUAAUUAUACUUUCCUUUGGUAAAGUGUUUUUUUCUGUGAUUUCUUUCGCUUAGCCAACAUUUUCUUUGGGUGAACUUGACGUAGAACCGAUUUUCAUAAAAAGAGUGGGUUCUCUUGCAACAUUUAAGUUUAUAUAAAGUUUUAAAUUGAUUUGAAUAGAAAACAUUGUUUUAGAGUUGGAUUUUUAUUCUUUUAUGUAGUCACUAUUAAGAUAUGCUAGGUUUGACCCUUCUUCCUUCUCCCCACCAAAAACCAAAAAAACCCGAUGACUUUAGUUGAAAAACUGUGGAAACUGUGGAGCAUCAUGUAAGAAGAAUAUUAAAACCAUAUCAGGUAUAUGGAAGUCUUGUCACCUGCCAUAUACCGCUGUUUAAAACUAAUUUAUUGUUUUUUGGUUUUUUGUUGUUUUAAAUCUAGCUGAGUCUUAAGUAAAUUGGCAGGCAUCGUUAGUUAUUUUAUCUCUAAUUUAGUCGCUUGGAUUGUGGGGCGGGUGGGGGGGUUGUCCCCCGUACUUUUGUUAUUUUUGAAAUUCAGUGUUUAUUCGCUGCACUAUUCUUUAGUGAGUAUUUUGGAAGUACCCCAUGUAGAAAAUGUUUCCAUCUCAGAUGAAACAUACAAUUUAAGACAUUUCUUCCUUUGUCACUCAGUUUUCCUGUCUCUUACCCGUCAAUUAAAAACAAGAGUAAAGGUCUUAGGUCAACCCUGAUGGCUUUGUCAUUCAGUAUCCCUGUUUUUUUGUUUGUUUUUUGGUUUUUUUUUCCUCUCUGUUUUUUAGGGUCAGAACUGAGAAAUACCAAGAAAAGGCACAAUGAUAUCGUGUUAUGGUAUUUUGACGUAAAGGGGAAAAGGUACUUAAUUUUGGUGGAAUGUUGAUUGUACCUUGUCAUAAAGGCUCCUCUUUAAUUUUCUGAUGUUUUCACCUAAUAAGAUGGAGUAUACUGUAAUAAUAUAACUUAAGUGUUCACUAUAAGCUAUUUGGAUUAAGAACUAUUACAGAGUUGUAAACUUAUCAAAUUAAUGCAAGACAUUUAAACUAUUUUUUUGCAAAACUAUUUAUUUUUAAACAAUUUAAAAUAUAUCUAGGGUGAGUUAAAAGUCCCUGUGCAUCUAUAUUAGAUGGCAGGUAUUGUCACAGAGUCACUGUGUAUUAAUAAUAAAUGUUGAAAUGGCUUCUCCAUGUUUCUAGAAGCAUUUACAUGUACUCUUUGUGAGACCAUGGUGCACAGAGGUCUUUGGACUGCCCUGAACCCCGUCUUCUUGUGUGGACAUAGCCUGUUCCCCACGUGUUCCUCAUGAUACCAUGUGUUCAAGAUUUAGCUAUUUAGUUUCAAGAUUAUUUUGAUUUUCAUCUAAUGGUUUUUAAAAUCAUAUUUUGUGUUUUAUGGAGGGCAAGUCUAGAUGCCAUUCUAAUUCAGAAAGCCAGUUUUUUAUGUGCUUUUUGUAUAUUCAUAACAUAAAAUACUUUAAAAUGCCCCAUUCUAAUCCAAUUUGAAAUUGCUAGGGUCUGACAGUGUAUCGAGAAAAAUAAAAGUAUUUGCCAAGAAAUUAUUUACAAACAAAGGAGUAUUGCAGUAUUUUCUGCUUUUGUGUAGAGAGAGCCAUUUGGCAUAGGCAGCACAAGAUAAUGUGAAAGAUCGGCUUUAUAGGAUACUAAAAUAGUCUGUUUAAAAAUGGAAGGGAGAAAAGAGAGAAAUCUCCAUCCCGUAGUUUGGUCUAGAAACCAUUUGCGUAAACUUCUGGAUUACCCUGAGUGGCAGCUUAGAUGACAUGGACACAACCUGUAAGUGACAUUUAAAGAUAUGAGCUCAAGGCAAGAAAGAGAAAACAGGAAAGCUGUAUCCUUUUGCCAUAGUAAAUGAAUCAGAGUUGUUUUCUUGAAGAUUUCACCACAAAAUACAACGGAGGCCAGAAGAUAAUUCUAGGCUUCCUAGGACACUUUUGUGCAUUUUUUAUAAAUAAUAAGAAAGCAUAGAAAGUACUUGAAAAAUCUCUCUCUCUUUCUCUUUCUAAGGAAAUCUUCUCUUUCUACUUGGUGCAAUAAUCUGAAAAUCUAGAAGGUCAAAAAUAUAUCACAGGAAAUGAUCAUAGAACUAAAAAUAGUUUUUAAGGAAACGAGUUACAAGGGCAACCAUCUUGCUGUUGAAGAAAAUUGUGUACCAGAAGGCUAAAUCGUCGGCGUAUUAGGAAAUGAACACAAAGUAUACCUUACAAUUUCUGAGCCAGUAUUACUGAAACAGGAUAAAAAUUACUCAAAUAGGUUCUAUGCAGUGUCCCUGCUAGCGCUGGGUCUAAAUAUCUUAAUGCUUUCAGAAACGCCAAUUUUAAUCGUGGACAUUUCACAUUGUAUACGAGAGAUAAUCUACAUGAGUGAUUCAAAAUAGUACAUAUUAAAUCUUAAUGGCUGUUCAUCGAAUGCGAAGUCUUAAUUUGAAAAUGAAAUCACACUACCAGCAAGACAGUUUUGUUGAAAACUCUAAUAAGGAACAGUUGCCAGUUCCAUAAAUAACUUUAAAAUUCCAAAAUAAAGUAUUGGUACGCUAGUAAUCACAAAUUUGAUUUCUUUUAAGACUUUUAAAAAUCCUAUUAGGAAGGGUUUUUUUUUUUAAUAAACGUUCUUUUUAUUAAUUAGUCAUAACAUUGUGAAUGUGUAGUUGCUGUUUCUGAAAAGUGAUCCAAACUCUACAUCCAGAGAUGAUGAAAAAUUCUUAUAGAAUUUUGUAAUAAGUAUACAUGUUGGGUUUGAAGACAUUUUAUAGUCGUUGGGAGUGCCAUGAAAUUAAUACUUGCAAUCCAGAUUGCUGUAGUUUACCCUUUUUCUGUAUGUUUCAAAUCAGGUGUGUACCAUUUGUACUGAGAACACCACAGAAUGAAUUAUCCAAAGUCCAUUGAUUUUAAUAUGUGUUUUGGUUUGUAAACAAAUUAUAGUAAUUUCUUGCACAUUUUUGGAAAUUAAUUGUAUAAGGAUUUAUGUAUCUGCUUCUAGAUACAGUGUGUAAAUAAAAAUUUCGUUCACAAGA